CCGGAGGACAACGAGCGACCAUCAGAACUACAGCGCAAAAUUCCACCCCGAGUAGUGGCUGUCUGGCCGACCCGACGCCGACUCGUGCGCGCACCGUACGCGCCAUGGUCUCCCUCGCCGAGACGAUCGGAGUUUUCGACGCCGCGGUCGGCUCGACGCCGGCCUACGCCAGGGAGAUGCUCGCCGGCGGCGUCGCGGGCGUAAUGGCCAAGACGGCCGUGGCCCCGCUGGGCCGCGUGAAGCUCCUCCGCCGUAUCGGCGCCGCGCCCGGGGCGGAUGCCGAGGGCGCCCUCCGGACGCUCGUCGGGAUCUACCGCCGAGAGGGUUUCUUGGGGCUCUACCGCGGCAACGGCGCCAACGCCCUGCGCGUGUUCCCGUCCAAGGCGCUCCACUUCGCCGCCUACGACCGGUACAGGGGCUGGCUCGGCGGCGCCGGCGGGGCUCUCGUGGACCUCCUUGCCGGCUCGGCCGCCGGCGGCACCGCGCUGCUCGCCACGUACCCGCUCGACCUCGCCCGCGCGCGCCUCGCCUGCGGCGACGGCGCCUGCACGAGCGUGCGCGGCGUCCUCCGUGCCGCGUACGCGGAGCGCGGGCUGUACCGCGGCGUGCGCCCGGCGCUGGCGCGCGCGCUGCCCAAGUCGGGGAUCAAGUUCUGGGCCUACGAGUCGCUGAAGCGGCGGCUCCCCGAGGGCUGGGGCGCGCGCGCGGAGGCGCAGAUGGCGUGCGGGGUGGCCGCGGCGCAGCUGGCCAGCACGGCCACGUACCCGCUGGCCGUGGUGCGGCGGCGGAUGCAGCUCGGGCUAUGCGCCGGCGGCGGCGUGCUGGAAGGCGUCCGCACCAUCGCGCGGGAGGAAGGCGUGCGGCGGCUGUACGCCGGGCUGGGGAUCGCGUACGUCAAGGCGGUGCCGUCGGCGGCCAUCGGGCUGGUGGCGUACGACCAGAUGAAGGCUCUCAUGAAGCUGCCGGUGCCGGGCACGUAGUUGGCAGCAGUACGACAGCCGAUGAUGGCGU